UACAGUGCCCGCGUGCGUAAGCAGAGGCGUAGUGCAAAGUAUGUUCCCUCUGCAUGACAGAAACGCCUUGGAAAGCCUCCGAAAAAAAUGGGUUAAAACGCUUUUUAAUCCGCAACCUUUAGAUGAAAUAAGUGAUUACUUCGGUGUUAAGAUAGCAAUGUACUUCGCGUGGCUCGGGCACUACACCCGGUCGUUAGCCGUGCCCGCCGCAGUUGGUUUCGUGUUUUGGAUUUGGCUGGGCACAGCGAAUGACAAUUGGAAGGACGUAGCCUACGUUUUGUUCUCUCUAUUCAAUGUUUUGUGGGCGUGUGUUUAUUUGGAGACUUGGAAACGAUAUUCGAAUGUCUUGGCCUAUAAAUGGGGAACGCUGGACCAAAGAGAUGAAUUGUUAGUUGAACCGAGGCCGCUGUUUCAAGGUGAGAUGGGCACGAGCGCAGUGACCGGCCGCCCGGAGCCGCAGUACCCGGCGUGGAAGCGCCGGCUGUGGCGCCACGCCGUGUCCUUCCCCAUCAUCGUCGCCUGUCUGCUGCUGGCGGCGGGGGCCACCUUCGCAUUACUCCGAGCACAGGACUGGUGGGAAACCCAUAUAGUGUACAUGACGUGGAUCCCGCGCGCCAUACUCGCCAUUAUAAUCGCCAUCGAGGAAGAGGUGUACGCAAGGAUCGCAAGGUGGCUCAAUGAUAAAGAAAACUACAGACUCGAGACAAAAUAUGAGAAUCACCUGAUUGUGAAAAUAGCAUUGUUUCAAUUCGUCAACUCGUUCAUGAGUUUGUUCUACAUUGCUUUCUAUCUUCAGGAUAUGGAUAAGUUAAAAGAGCAAUUGGCUGUGUUACUAAUAACGAGGCAGAUAAUAGGCAAUCUGAAGGAGUCUGCGUUGCCUUACCUAAUCGAGAACCUCAGAUUGGCGAAAAUAUGUGUUGAAGUCUUCGGUGCCUUGAGUCCUAGUAAAAUACCUACAUCGGCUCAAAUAACGGAGCUAUUCGAGAAGAAGACGGACUCAUCAAGUGAACCUCCUGAUACGAAUCUCAUCAAUGGAGGAUCAGACAGUGAGAGACGUGAUUCGGACAGCGUCGCGCCCAAGGUUAUACAUCAAGCUGAAUUGGAGUCUCAGUUGUUCAAGUACGAAGGCACCUUCUCCGAGUACCUCGAAAUGUUAACCCAACUGGGUCACGUGGUACUUUUCUCGUCCGCGUUCCCGCUAGCGGCCGUAUGUGCCAUGCUGAAUAACAUGGCAGAAGUGAGGGCUGAUGCAUUCAAAUUGUGCCACGUCGCUCAACGCCCGUUUGGCGAACGAGUCGCUAACAUUGGCAGUUGGCAGCACGCGAUGGAAGCUAUGGUCGCUGUAGCGGUACUAGUCAAUUGCGCGUUGAUUGGUUUGUCUGGACCCGUACAUCGAUUGCUGCCUGAUGCCACACCGGCUCAAAUAUUGCUGGUCAUCGUUGCUUUAGAGCACGUGGUACUAAUAACGGUGUUGGCCUUGCGCAUCGCCAUCCCCGAGAUCCCGUCGUGGCUGGCCACCGAGAUGGCCAAGGUGGAGUUCCAGAGGCGCGAGGCUAUCAAGAGUGCGCACGCACCGCUUAUGUCGGAAUGUCCCAGCCAAGACGACAUCCGUCCCUCAGCGAGAACCACACCGCGUACUAUAACACCUACCACGCCUAAACAGUCUGAUAAACAAGUCGAUAGAAAGAAGAUAACCGUUGGAAAGAUACCUGAAAUACCCCCUUUCAGACCAAAAGCCGCGUCUAUAGCUGAGCCGGUCACUACUGGGUCUCUACAGAUGCUUCAGGACGUCAGUCCUACUAAAUCUGCUUUGAGACGUAAGGAAGCGACCCCUGGCGCUCCACUAUCCCUCCUUGGCGUUCGAGGACUCAGAGACGAGCCGUUGCACAGAUCCGCACAUUGCAUCCCGCAGCCCACACAGCACAGGCCUCUCGUCAAUCCUACUCUGCAGGAGCUGUCAGGCACCGUAAGCGCCGGCGGGUCCGAGCCGGACUUGAACGCGGCGGGUGCGCCGCCUAACGCCCCUGCUGCGUCUGUCACGCCCUCUGUCGACAUCAGUGCUACUUCGAGCGAAGACGACAAGCCAAAGGACAAGAGCGGUCGAUCCCGCGCGAAGGCGGCACUGGUGAAGCGCGUGCGCUCGGUGGCGGUGUUCUCGCUGGGGCUGCGCAAAGCCCGCGAGGCCGCCGCCGCCGCCAGCGGGGACCACAAGGCGCACACGCCGCAUACGCCCGACAGGAUCAGCUCGCUCGGUCUACCAGCACCAAUGCUCGGCGGUGAACUAUCCCUCAUCCCCAUAGAACAGCUGAUACAAGUCGACGACGUACGCAGACCUACUCAAACAUAAAUCUAGCUAUAAUUACACGUACGUAAUAGUUUAGAAUGAAAUUGUGAUUGUCCCUCGAACAUUUUUACGUAAUACAAAAUUGUGCCUUAGGGUUAUUUCACACAUGCGAUAUUUGUGCAUCAACGACUUAUACAUAAAGGAAGAGUUGUAACAUGCUACCUUUAAAAAUCAAAGCUCUUCACUUUUGAUAACAUUGUGAUUAAGUUUACCUUUAUAUGGCCCUAAGGUUAUUCCAGUCUGAAGUACUGUAUUUUUGUUACGAGCUCUACGCACCACGUGCUGUCAUAUUUUGACAGCAAUAUCAACGUU